AUGUCUUCCGUCGUGGAUCAAUCCGACACGGCUAGUGCGCUUGGCAGCACCAGCCCACUUGAUGAUUCGGACCUUCCUAUCGACACAGCUAGCUUCUCGUCCUUGGCGCCAUCGUCUUCGCCCCCCAUUGGCGUGUGCCGCAGAACGACGUCGCCCAUCUGGCAGUACUGUCGAAAAGAAGAAGGCAAGAGUGCUCCGACAGCUUGGCUCGAUUCCAACGGCACGAAAUGGUGGCACUGCCAGCCCUGCUUCGACAAAAAAAGAAUGAAGAAAUACAACUACUCCGGAGGGUCCUCUGCCAUCGUCAGUCAUUUGCGGAAGGAGCACAGUAUCAUGCUCUCGAGCAGACAGGAGUCCAGGCGCGAUGCCACACAGAGCCGUCUUGGGGACAUCACCGCCUUCCUGGGCCAUGAUGCAUUGCCUGCAACCAAGAAACGCAAAGCGACAGCAGAGCCCGAUGCGCUAGACCAGGCCACCCUGCGCGAGGUAUACUGCCGCUACACCGUAGCCUGCAGCCUCCCCUUUGAUCAUGUCGAGCAGCCGGCAUUUCGAGACUUCAUCCGGUAUAUUCGCCCGGUCGCUGAUGAUUUGCUCCCAAGGGCCGGGAGUACGGUAAAAGUCGACUUGCAAAAUGCGUACGACAACAAAAAGGAAUUUAUCAAGCGCGCGCUGCAGAAUGCCCUUUCUUCGAUUCACAUCGUUCCCGACAACUGGACGUCGCCAAAUUGCUUGGGUGUCAUAGGAUUCACAGCCCAGUUCGUCACUGAAGAUCACGGCCUACAGUCCAUCGUUCUGAGAAUACGAGAACUGGAUGGUCAGCACAGUGGUGAGAACAUGGCAGAAGCGAUCAUGGAGUUUAUACGGGAAUACGGGAUAGCGUCAAAGGUGGGGUAUUUCAUGAUGGAUAAUGCCAGCAACAUGAAUACCAUGAUCGACAAAGUUUCUGACGAGUUGGAGCACGAGUUCGACGUCUUCUACGAUCCUCUUCCACACCGACUUCGCUGUUUCGGUCACAUCAUCAACCUGGCGGUAAUGGAGUUCCUCAUCGGAAAUCGACCGCCCACGACAGAUCCCUACCACGGCCCGUCUGACGAGGAAGUUGAGCAAUGGAGAAGGAGAGGGGCGAUAGGCAAGCUGCACAAUAUCGUAGUCUACAUUACUUGGACUCCGCAACGACUCAAAGCAUUUACUGCUCUUACCGACGGCUUGAGACUACGGCGCGAUAACGACACGCGCUGGAACUCGUGGUACAGAAUGGUUGAGUGGGUUCUUAGACCUAGAAUUCGGCACGCAGUUACCAUCUUUUGCGCGCAAGAGCCGGCUCUGCAGGAAGAUGUCCUGACUUCAUCUGACUGGGCAACUUUGGCUGAGAUUCACGGAUUUCUGGAGCCAUUCCACGAUGCUACAAUAGCCAACGAAGGCAUGCGAGAUUCCAUAUGUAACGUUUUACCCACCAUGGAUUAUCUCUUGCACCACAUCGAGGCCGCCAAGAAGGCCACCUCUCUCCCUCAAUUGGCUACAAUGAUGGAGACAACUCGCCAGUCUACUCAGCAGCGACAGUACUCAAUCCGUCCCUCAAGUGGGCAUACAUGGAAGAGACUUGGGAAGACAAAACCGAAUGGGUUGAGAGAGCCAAAGCUCGUGUAG